CCCGGUGCCUGGCUGCGCCCUAGACAAAUUUGGAAACCACUAUGCGCGGGUCCUCCCAGCUCUAAACCGCUCCCCCCACGAAGAGCCCUUAAACGCACUGCUGGCUUGGUCUAUCUAAGGGCAGAAUCUAGCCCUAGGCAGGGGAGACUUGCUGAAAGCCCCAGCAGGGGGCUGCGAGAGUGACUCGCUAGAGGGGUACUAGGUGUCAGCACGGGGGAUGUGGUGGAAGGGAGGUAGCUUGAGUGGCUUGCAGACAGCUCUGGGCUGCAUUUACACCAGAGGGCUUGAGAGGGCGCUGCCGGUCCAGAGUUGGAGAUUGCUGGGGAAGACCCUGAAACAGACUGAAGCAGCAGCUCGGCUUCCCGGCGCCCAUAGCCGCUGACACAGACGCACCCGCUGGCCGGGGAGAGCGCGAGAGGCGGCUGAAGCCUGGGGACUUUGCUCUCCCCUACCCCCAAAUUCCUAGAGGAAAGUUAAGAGACUCCUCCAAAAACACCGCACCCACCCGUGAGCAUCCCCCCGCAGCUGCUUCCCGGGUGCAAAGAGAACCAGCCCCACCAGCAGACAGUGAUAGUGUCACGGUCACGGCUGCACCUCGGCUUCUAAUUCGUAGCCGCUGCUCUCCGGAGAAGGGGGGAACAGGAAAGAGAGGGGAGCAGCAGCAAGACCACCCGGGGCCCCUAGCGCUGCCGCUUCUCUGCCUCGUGUUUCUUCUUCCAAGCCUGGGAUCAAGUUUGGGGCUCCCCCGGGGGCUGCAACAGACGCCCAAACUCCUGAGAGCCAGAGAGACCAGGGGAGACAUUUUCCCAGCUGCAGCCUGUUAACCCCUUAGCGCUCUGCUCCCUUCCCCGCCCGCAGCAGCACCUAGAGCCCACGCAGGGCGCUGCACGUGUCCAGCUGGGGCUGUUGCUGCUACCAUGCAAACGCGUGGAUGACCUACCCCGAAGUCCCUCUCCGGCAGUCCCGGGCCCUUGGCUCCUGUCGCCGGAGGAGCCCGGCGGCGCAGCUGACUGGGUCACUGCCUCAGGCGGGUUUGCUCCAGGGUUUGCGUGGAAGUUGGGGCUGGUUUGGAGCGAGGGGGGCUGCGAGUGAGCGCAGGAGGCAGGUGUGGGCAGUGGGCACAGACAGACGGAGAAGGGGGGGCGGGAACAGCCAGUGGUAGGAGGGGGAGAAAACCCCUGUGAGUGCCCGGGGUAGAGCGGAAAGCUGCUCCCGUUGCUUCAGAGAGCUCCGGGCUGGGGAGGGAGACGAGCCCGAAGGGCGGGAUCCGAGGAGCCCAGCGGGUGUGUCUCACACGCAGGGAACACACAACCCGUUAGAAACAAGAAGACAGCGGGGUGAGGCGAGUAACCUGCUGCAGCUCAGCUCAGCUCAUCCACCGCGAAGCCAAAUUGUAGCGGUCGCCGCUUGUGAAUGCACCGGGCUGGCGGGCCGCCUUCGCCACCCAAACAAACCCUCAGCAGCCCCGCGUGCGGCUCCCGCGCCGACUCCUGCCUGCCUGGCGCCCGGCAACCUCGCCUCCUCCGCGGCUCCCCAGGCCACCCGGCCUCACGGUGCCAUCCCGGGCACGAGAAAGUUGGGAGCGGGGAGGGGGCUGGAGGCUGAAGAAGAGACUCCCCCUAUCCUACCCUACCCCUUCCCCUCCCCUCCCCAGGACUGCGCGGGGAAGGUGGGAUUAAAGGCGGAAAAGGAGGAGAGGGAGGGUGGAAAACUGUUGAAUUUCUGGCUUGCGCUAGCGACGCGUCUUGGCCAUCCUCGCAGAGGUGACGGAGAAGAGGGAAAGUAACUCGGGGAAGUGACCGGGAUUAUUUUUUCAAUCCGAGAGGAGUCUUUUGAAAAAGAAAAGCAACGAUUUGCACGCCCUGAAGAGCGAGCUACUAGGAAGCCUUGCACAGACACAUGCUGCUGGGCCAGCGUGCAGGAUCGUACUCUUCCUCAAGUCAACAGGGUACUACGUUUAAAAAAAAAGCACAUAGUAAACAGAGACGCGUCAUGCAACAGAAAAAAAAGAAGAUGGGAAUGAAGGAAAAAAGAAACUAAAAUCAGGCGGAGGCGGAGAAAACACAGUGACAGCAAAUUACUUCCAAAACAGAGUGUAUGUCUGCCGUGACCCGAGAUUUUAGGGGGUGCCCCCUUAAGAAUCACCCCUUUCUCCAACCCAAGUCUCUCUUCUCCUCUGACACAGACUCCUCUGCUUGGUUGUAGGAGAGAAGAAGGAAUAAGAGGAUUCGUUCAGCAGUGCCUGCGAUCUGCGGCUGCUGCUUCUUUGGAGAUUUGUUUUGUUCCUGGGGGAUGUUGGUUUCCAGAACUCGACUUGUGCAUGUUGCUCUUUUAAUUUGAUCGCAGAUUUUGGUCUGCUGGUUGCUUGUUUUGCAAGAGAAGGAAAGGGGAGCCUGGCUUCGGUGUUAAAAGUUGCAAUUAUUAUUUUGCAGCUAACAUGUGCACCAACAUAGUCUAUGAGUGGCUGAAGACCCUGCAGCUUUCCCAGUAUGCGGAGUCCUUCGUAGAUAAUGGCUAUGAUGACCUGGAGGUUUGCAAGCAAAUAGGGGACCCGGACCUGGAUGCCAUUGGGGUGUUGGUGCCCCACCACAGGCGCCGAAUCCUUGAAGCAGUGAUGAGGUUGAAAGAGGAGGACGAGACCGCUGCUGGUCUCUAUUUCACCUUGGAGCCUCAGCAGCAGGGCUCGCCCUCUCCGUCCCCUGAGAUCUACACCAGCCACCUGGUGGAGCAGUAUGAGACUAAGGCUUGGAGGGAGCCUAGCCAUCGUCAAGGGAACCAGGGGACCCCCAGGAGCCAGAAACUUGGGCCCCGCAGCAGGGAGCUGGUGAUUUACCCAAAACUGAAACUGAAAAUCAUGAUUAGGGAUAAACUUAUCCGGGAUGGAAUCAACCUGAGCAAGCCCCCUUACUCCAACAAGGCAUUGCACAUUUUGGAGGAUGUAACAGUUUUUGUGUUGCCCGAUUGACAAAGAGAGGUUUUGUUCCAAGCUGCUGGUGGGAACCCAGCUGCCUAUGCAGCCGAAGCAUUCAAAGUUUUGGUGACUGAACAGCACAUCUACAAGUGGAAUAUGCUGGUGAGCUAUUGAGGUGGCCCUGAAAAAUAUACCCUUUCCCGAAAUGUGACUACAUAUCAGGAGUUCCUGCUGCUGGAAAAGUUUGCAACUAGGAUUGGGUCAGAAUUCCAGAGGGAAUCAACAGGAUGCGACGUUAACAUCUACACAGCUUAGUGCCUUCCCAUGGCUUCCGAGACAGCAUGUUAGGACUGCAUGCAAACAAACACACACAACUCCAGUGCUACCUUGCUUCUCCCCCAGGCAAAUUUCUGGAUUGAAUUCAAACUCCCAGUUAUAUUUGGGACUAAUAAUUUUGUCACCCACAGUAUGCAUGGACUAUAUGUAAGAGAGAUCGACUACAUUUGAAAAUGGAGUACAAUUAAACCUCUUUCCCUCUUCUCCCCCCACCCCCCAGUUCAGUCUUUUCAGGUGACUUGUGACACGGUUGGGUUGGUGCCUGUACCUGAAAGGUAAUAGAAAGUUCUUAUUUUAACAAACUGGAAUGAAAUAGCAAACAUUUACACCUUCUCAGUCAAAAUUCUGUUUUCUGUGUUUGUUUUACUGUUUGCAUUUCUCGGUCUCCAUUUGGAAUUCCAUGUGGCGGAGAAAGGGUGGGGACAUACCAAGAUGCUGGUAUUAGCAGCUACAUAUUGCUUACCUGGGGCUUAUAAUAUUUUUUGCAUUGGUUCAGAGAGUGGAAAUCCUUCCUGUUCCUAUAUUAAUAAACUCAGAAAUGGAAACUUUA